GAUAAGAAGGUGAAGGAUCAUGGAAAUAUCUGUGAAGCUAGUUCAAAAUUGAGUAAAAGAUAUAUAACAUCUAAUAGAUUAUAAAUCAGAAACGAGUGAUUUUUCAAGUAGAAAAUCCACUGAUUUUAAAAUCUAAGAUGCUUUUGAAGAUUUAUUUAUUAAUCUUGUUUACAAUUUUAAAAGAUGUAUCGUGUUUAUCCUGGCAUGAUCAUCAUCAGAAUAGCGAAGACAGUUCGAACAGGAAAAAUGUUCAUACAGUUCCGCUUGGUUCAGGAGCCACUUUUCAUUGGAGGGUUGAUUUUAUGAGCGAAAUAAUAAUUGCGGAAGUCCACUAUAUAGGUAUCGACAACACUUGGUUUGCCAUCGGUUUCUCGAAUUAUGGUGAAUUAAAACCUGCCGAUUAUUGCGUUCUGUGGAUUGAUUGGCACCGACAAAUUCAAUUACAGGAUGCAUGGACAGAUGAAGAAGGAAAAUUAAAUCUCGACCUGCAACAGGAUUGUGAGAACUUCGCGUGGAGAAGAAGAGGAAACGUCACGAAAUUUACCUUCUCCAGGAAGUUCGAUACUUGCGAUGAAAAUGACUACAUCAUGGAGAGAGGUACCACGCACUUAGUGUGGUUAGAAGGUUUGGGACCAUUGUCGUCCUUGGCUGGUUUACAAGUAUCAGAUGCAGAAGCUUCUGGCAUGUCCAGAACAGAAUUGAUCAGGGUACUCCAUAAGAAACCAACAUUUCCAUCGAAUGCCUGGCAAUUGGAAAUGUUGACUGAUCAUGUAAAAGUGCCAAAUAAGGAAACGACUUAUUGGUGUCGCGUACAAAAAUUACCACCCGUUUUGUCUCAAAAACAUCACAUUCUGCAAUUUGGCCCAAUCAUACAAACGGGUAACGAACACUUGGUUCAUCAUAUGGAAGUUUUCCAUUGUGCUGGACCAAUGGCUCUUGAAAUUCCUAUGUACGAUGGUCCUUGUGAUGGAGCUGAUAGACCGGAAAAAACUCAAGUAUGUAAAAAGGUCUUAGCAGCAUGGGCAAUGGGAGCAGAUGCUUUCGUUUAUCCAGAGGAAGCUGGUCUUUCGAUCGGUGGCCAAAAUUUUAAUCCUUAUGUCAUGUUGGAAGUUCACUAUAAUAACCCCGAACUUCAGGAUGGUAACGUCGAUUCUUCAGGAAUUCGUUUUAUUGUUACUACGAGUCUUCGCAAAUAUGACGCCGGUGUAAUUGAACUGGGUUUAGAAUAUACUGAUAAAAUGGCAAUUCCCCCACGACAAGAAGCCUUUAUUUUAUCAGGACAUUGUAUACAAGAAUGUACAGGUGUUGGUCUCCCACAACAAGGAAUACAUAUUUUCGCAUCCCAACUUCAUACACAUUUAACAGGCGUAAAAGUUGUUACUCGUCAUAUUAGAGACGGAGAGGAGUUGCCUCUGUUAAAUUAUGACAAUCAUUAUUCCACUCAUUUCCAAGAAAUUCGUCUUUUACCGAAACCUGUUACCAUUUUGCCUGGAGAUUCGUUAAUAACAACUUGCACAUAUAAUACGAUGGAUAGGGAGAAUAUUACUCUUGGUGGAUUCGCCAUUUCCGAUGAGAUGUGUGUGAAUUAUAUUCACUACUACCCUAAUGCUCGAUUAGAGGUUUGCAAAAGUGCUAUUAGCGACGAUGCACUGAGAACUUAUUUCCGGUAUAUGAGGGAAUGGGAAAAUCAACCAACUAGUGUCGAUAAUGGAAUUUCUGCAAAUUAUGAAAGUAUAGAAUGGACCAAAGUUCGUGUACAAGCUUUACAUGAUCUAUAUGAAGCUGCUCCAUUAGGAAUGCAAUGCAAUGGCUCUGAUGGAUCUCGACUUCCUGGAUUAUGGGACAACAUACCAGCCACACCGGUCAAACUACCCUUACCUCCACCAGCUCGAAAUUGUCCACACUCGUCGUUAAGACAAGAAAUGAUAAAUUCUAUAUAAAAUUCUUUUUCUGUUACAUACUGCUAUCUAUUUUCGAAAAUAUUAACGAAAUCAAAAUUCAUGUCUACGGAUUAUACACAAGUCUGAACAUUAGUGAAACAUAAACGAAAUAAAGUAUAAUUAUAAUUCA